AUGGAUGAAUAUUAUUGUAACGCACAUCCACAUAUGUCUUCAAUUGAUUCUGAUGAAUUAUGGGACGGCGAUCCGUGUAUCAAUAUAGAAUUCGAUUACACGAUUAUUAGUGUUCAAAGUGAUAAAAUGUUUCCUUCUUCAAGUGAAACUAAAUUUUAUGGUCUUUAUUAUGUGACGAAAAAUAAAGAAAUCCUAAAAACUAUUGUUAUAAAUUUGCUUUCUGAAAUUGAUGUUCCUGAAGUUGCUUUUACCAUGGUGGAAAAAGAAAUUUCACAAUGUGUAUGUGAGAUGAUUGAUGGGGCAUAUAAGAACUCGAGGAAUCUUUCUGUUCGAGUUGAUUUUUCUGUUACAUGA